AUGAUGGAAAUGAAGAAAUUACGACACUUGCAAAUAGAAUCGAUGGUACAAUCUGAAAGAGGAUAUUUGUUAACCUUUGCCAUUAUCGCAGUUACUACUAAAGUAAUCAUCAUUGUUGGAAUUAUAUUUGCUCUACAAGCAUAUUGGAUUCAAUUUGAUGACUAUGACAUUGAAAAUUCAAGACAAAUGUUUUAUAAGCAUUGGAUUAGUGAAACGACGCGUAAGGAAGAAAUUAGUGGAAUUGCAACGAUUGAUUUUACAUAUCGUGAAGGAAAUCAUAAUAAGCUUGCUGUGACACCGGAAACAAAUGCAAAUAAUGAAAAGAUAUUACGAAGCAAUUUGAUUAAAUUACCUAUUUGGUUCAAUUUUAUACACUUCGCUUUAGGUUUAAUUGUAACAGCAGGUACCCUGCAUGCUACCAUUUGCUGGUACUUCACCUUACAACCAAUCCCAUCUAUAUUGCUCGAUUUUUGUACCUAUGAUUUGGAAUUGUGUCGGCGACAGUGUGACACAUCUCUUAAUGAAGAAUAUCCUCUUAUUGUAAGCAAUGAUUUGGAACUAGUAGCCAAAGAAGUGCAAGCAAGUUUUAACAGUUAUUUAUCAAUUUUGGAUGACAAGCUUCAAAAAUUAAAAUGGACCAUGCUAUCCGUUUGCUUCUCCUACAUUUUAUUGCUAUCUAUUGCUUUCAUUUCACCCUUCAAUUCAUUCUUUCGACAAGUAAUUUGGGCAAAAAAUCGUGAAUGGACAUGUACUCGACUUCAACAAAGACUUUAUUUGUUUUUGGAUGUGGCUUCCGUAACGGUAAUUAUCUUAUUAUAUUUUGGUAUUAGCGUGGAAUAUAUAUUUGUAAACAAAUUCAAUUUAAAGUUGAAAGAAUGCCGUCAGCAAUUGGAUUUCUGCCUUUGUUAA